CGCGCCGCCCUGUGUCGCGGCGGCAGUCCGCUCCAGGCCGGCGUGCGCCCCGCACGGCCCCAUGGUGGAACACGCGCUCGUCGACUGCUCCCAGGCGAGCGCCAUGCAGACCCUGCCCCCGCAGCCGCACCGCGACGGCGAAGACGACCAACUCGCCGACGAGUAUGUGCAGAACUUUGAGCUCGACCACCUCGAGGACCACAAUGUUGUGAAACGUGAACCCUUGCGCACGGGGUGGCAAGAGAUGGUAGAACCUCCGUCAGCCUGUGCCCGCGCGUGCCGCCCGUGGCCUGAUGCGGGCCCCUAUCCCCAGCCUCACGUAGCCAUCGCCGUGGACCCCAGCACACCUCCAGAAACCCCACCGGCCCCUAUCGGGCGAAGUCCCUGUCGUGCAGCUUUAGUCGACGACGUCCUUUGGUUACCACAUAUGCGAGAACCGCUCGACAUGCGUACAGUUCCUUGUGGCAGUUUUGAAGAAUGGGAUCGUCGCGAGUGGCGGGAGCAAGAUCACCAUAUGCAACAGGUCGGGCUGCGCCCUGCCAGCUCCUGCUCGGCCAUGUCUCCUAGAACCGGACCUCAUCCAUCCUACCAGCCUUCCUCCUGUGGAGAUGACCUCAUAAGCGAUGACUUACUCAUGACAUUAAGUGUGAGAGAACUCAACAAACGCCUUCAUGGUUUCCCAAGAGAAGAUGUGACCCGACUAAAGCAGAAACGGCGUACACUGAAGAACCGCGGCUACGCACAAAACUGCCGCAGCAAGCGGCUACAGCAGCGGCAGGAGCUGGAGCUGACGAACCGGUCGCUGCAGGACGAGCUGCACGUGCUGCAGCUGCAGGUGGCGCGCGUGACGCACGAGCGCGACGUGCUGAAGCAGCGGCUGGCGCUGGUGGGGCGCGAGCACGCCGUGCCGCAGCACGCGCCGCCCACGCCGCACUCCUCCCCCGAGUUCUUCUCGGAGCUGUGACGGCAGGGCGCGGCGCCGCGGCCCGGCGCCUCCGCCGCCGCCUCGUCCUGCGCCUGGCAGCGCUACUGAGCCGCGCCCGCCGCCCGCCGGCGCGCUCACAGGGCCGACACCGUGCUUUUGUUAAGUUUGAAAUAUAAUUAUCAUCAGUUCCAGUUCUAUAGUUUCUUUUUAUUAAGGUGGAACAAUGUAGCCGUCGAUCCCGUCGGGAGCGGCUUUCAAACACCGUGUUAAAUAUAUGGUUGUGUCGUAAGAUAUGCAUAGCUUCGUUAAUCUAUAUGUAUUAUUAAAAUUAAAAUAUAUGCAUAAGUUAAAUGAGUCAUGAAAACUGAUUAAUCGAAUAAUUGUAAAUAGAUACAUAAAUGACGAAUAUUAAGUAUAGGAGGAUUUGUGUUU